UUAUUUUCAUACCAGCUGUUUGGGAGGGGGGGGCUGGUGGAUUGGUCCGAAUGGCUUGUGUGUUUUUUAGUCGACGCUUUUUGAGAUAAAGCCGAGAAGACACGGGUGAGGACAUGACUCCGACGCAGAAGCAGAGGGUGCUCCUGUUUUUGGGCCUGUUCUUCGGGGCGAUUGGGUUUCUGCUGACGCUGCUCUCCUUCGGGACCGAGUACUGGCUGCUGGCCGCCGAGUCCUGCAGCCGGCCGGACGACGGCCACGGAGGAAGUGGUCUGAGGGAGGGAAAGGCCACAGCCAAGGCCACAGAUGACGUGAAGAUCUUCCACGAGGGCCUGUUCUGGCGCUGCUCCUUCAUGGCCGUCUCCCACGAGUACUCCAUAUGGGACCUCUGGAUCUCGAAGCAGCCGCUGUCAAAGGUCUGCCGGACCGCUUUCCUCUUCCCGUUCCCUGUGAACGAGCCGGUGCAGCUGCUGGUGGAGAAAGACCAUUUGGAGCCGUACGAGCAUCACUCUGCCAUCGUGUUUAGGACCUUCUGGAGCAUCUUCCUGGUCGUGGGAGUGGCGGCGAUCACCAUCGGUGGAUUUGUUGUCAUCUGCGCCGGCCCGGUCUCCCACUACAGACUGUAUAAAGUGGGAGGGGGUCUUCAGCUCUGUGGCGGUGGGUGUCUGCUGGCCGUCAUGGUGAUGUACCUGAUGUGGAUCCAGGUCCUGGACACUCUGGAGCAGUUCACCCUCCACCAGAGGGUCUCGAACUGCCCCUCCUUCCACCUGAGCGUGCAGCACGGCCCCUCGUUCCUCCUGGCCCCCGCCGCCGUCUUCUUCUGCCUGCUGGCCGGCCUGCUUUUCGUCAUGGUCGGCCGGAGCAUCCAGAGGGCGGAGGAGGAGAUGAAGGACGGAAAGCCCGAGCCUUCCACCACUGACCUGUGAUGACAUGAUAGAGGGCCCGGUGUGUUCAGGGUCCUACGUACGUCCUACGUAUUCAACAGACUUGUUGGCAUAGAGCUGAAAGCUUAAGCUUAAACUAAUUUAAGUGAUUUGUGUCUCUGGAGGCUGAUGCUUCUUUAUUAACAGAGUGUGACUUUUUAGUUAGACAUUUUAACUUUUAAAAAAAAAAAAGAAAGGAAGCUCUGUGUCCACCUACACAAAUCAGUGCCUGUGUUGCAGCUUUUGGCCGUCACAUUGCGAUUUCUGAAAAAGAAAAGUUUUUUUUACAUUAGAUUUGUUUUACUAAAAGUCGGUUUCUGUCGUCUGUUGUUCACGUCUCCGCUUAAAGGUUUUAACAACGUAAACCAAGUCCCACGUGUCCACAGAAUGUGUGUCUUUAAAGCUCGAAAUGCCUUCAAAGCGUUUUAAUGAGCUGUGUGUGGCCACGCCCCCUUUUUUUCUGCCAGUGCCAUGCCUCGCCAGUGUUCGCUGAAGGCAAAAACACACAAAUCACCUCGUGGCAUCUGACCUGAAUGAUGUAUUCAGACACUGAUCUAUUUAGAAAAGGAAAGAUUUAUUUUUUCAGAUAUUUUUUAUUUAUUUUUUUUUACUUUUUUAGAUUUACUGCAGAGAUCAGAAGUAUUUGCAAUAUGAAAACGACUCAAAGCCACGAUUAGUUUGAGAAAUAAGAACAUUGUUUAAAUGGAAACAAUGAGUUUUGUUCCACAAGUAAACACUGAACUCAGCAAUCUUUAAAACCUGCUCAUACAGACAGAUCCUAAUUUACGCCCUGAUGCAUUUUACUGUUUGCAAUAACACAACUCACAUUUAAUCUGCUGUUUCCACAAGAAGAAGACGUAAAUAUGGCCUGGGCUGGCGUUAGCAGGAGCCCACUCGUGUAACUCAAACAUAACUAUGAAAUCAGAGAUAGAAGAAAACAUGUGGAGUGACGGGUGAUCGCUCGGAAGCGAACAGCGACGACCAAAGAUCAGAAUCACACAAAGAAAAACCCCUCCAUCAGUGAGAAUAAUUGGAGUCCUUCAUUUGAAGCUGGCCAUUAAAAAUGAUUUUUCUAAUCUAUUUAACAGAUCCCGUUGUGAUUAAUAUACCGGCGCUCUCGCCCUGCUUUUAUUAUAAUUGAUAAAUCAAUUUUGACAAAAGUGGGGAGACGAAGGCCGCUUGGCUGUGUGCGUUUGAAGGAUUGAGUGGAUUGAGUGUGACCGUGGCUGCCUGUCAUUGGGACAUCAGGUUGAAGCUCUGAAAUAUUGGGUCAGGAGGACGGAGAUAAUAAUAAAUUAGACUGUCAUAAUCCAUUUUCUGACAGGAGGGACACUUCAUGGGCGCUUUGGCAUAUGUGUGUUAAGCGGCUAGCGGCCACCAGAGGGCAGUGUUGGCUCAGUUUGAAGUGCUGUUUCACAUUAAAAUCACUUUAUACCCA